AUGCGUGAGCUCGUGCACGUCCAGGGUGGCCAGUGCGGCAACCAGAUCGGUGCCAAGUUCUGGGAGGUGAUCGCCGACGAGCACGGAAUCGAUCCCACAGGAACCUAUCAUGGCGAUUCCGAUCUGCAGCUGGAGCGCAUCAAUGUGUACUUCAACGAGGCGACCGGGGGCCGCUACGUUCCCCGUGCGGUCCUGAUGGAUCUUGAGCCAGGAACCAUGGACUCCGUCCGAGCAGGGCCUUUUGGUCAGCUCUUCCGUCCCGACAACUUCGUCUUUGGACAGACAGGAGCUGGCAACAAUUGGGCCAAGGGUCGGGCGCCCGGUCAUGGUCGUGGCCGGCCGUGGCUGGUGCUGAUAGCUUUGUCACUGCGUGCGAAAAGUUUUCUGAUUGAGUUCCACCGGAACGGGCGAAUGGUGGGCUUGGCGCUUGUCAUGUGGCAAGUUCACGUCACUCUCUUCGCCAGUUGGGGCAACCGCUUUGAGGCACAACGACGUCCUGCAGAGCGCCGUGCUGAUGACCAAGGAAUGCCCAUGACAGAAACACGCCUCGACGUUUUAUUCCUGAACUCUUUGCUACAUCCUCCAGCAAACAAUCGCUACUUGGCAGAAGUCAGCCAAUUCUAUGUCAGUAGGAUUCACACUUUUGGGGGGAAGUGUUGGCAACUACGCACCUUGCGAAGCAGCAGCGGUACGCGCCACAUUGUCCCUAUCAUUGUCAGCACGGGCGGCUCAGCCUACAACAUGCCAAUCUUCAACGAGCGCGUGCGCAGCCUCUUCUUGCCAGAUUACAACAAGCGCAAGGGCAUGAAAGGUGAUUGGAGGGGACGCAGGACAACGGAUGCUGUCCAAUUCCCGACACCUCUGGGCGAUGGCAUCUCCAUCGCAUCCGGAGAAUGGGACACUGAGCGCGCUGAGGAGAUUUACACGCGCGAGGAGGGCGUCAUCUACAACCUGGUCGGGCACGAGCUGGCGAAGGUCAUCGAUGAGUGUGACGGCUUGGCCGGAAACCUCAAAGUUCUGGCCGACAAGGGAAAGUCUCAGUCCUUCAUCCAAGAAUUCCGAGAGGAGGCGAUCGAGGCAACAGCAAAGCGCUUCGAAGCACAGGGCGCGACAGUGAGCGCCAUUGAGCGCGAGGUGAGCUCCAUGCUGAUGGACGACAUGAUGCCGUGGGAUGGAAGCGCCCUCCCA